AUGUCUGGAGUGGAGGUAAUUGCUGUUGUCGCGUGUGUGGCUGCUGGUAAGGAAUACUGCUCUCAUUCAGCUACCCGGCUUCAUGCUCACAUCUAUAUCGCAGUCAUCUCCGCCUACCACGAUGGCAGCGCUGUCUUCCAGGAAGUCAGAAAGAAAUGGCGCGAACGCCGUAACCCUCACCCUCAGGCGGCCUCCUCCACCGCCAUUGACCUGGAGAAUUCCCUGCAGCGGAGCAGAGUCGAUAUCCUAACCCAGUGGAACGGACACGUCGGUCGCCUCGGCCAACGGUUCGAAGUCGGCGACGAAAUCGCCCAAGCCACGAUGAAAGAUAUCCUCAUCGGACUGCAAAUAACACUGCUCACGCACCUCCGCGAAGAUGGUGCUCACCUCGACAUCUUCGCCCUCCUCAACAUCUCCGAUCUGAGUCGUGCCAGAACCAUCUCCGCCAUGCACGAACUAUAUCAGCGUUUAGCACAAACAGCCCCAAUACCAUGGCAAAUGAUGUCGCCUGUUACGCCGGGGCUACCUAUUAUCGAGCCACACUCGGGUCUCGCUCAAUAUAUUGGUGUUAUCAACACACUCACCAACAGCGCUCCCUCCCCACCGCAGAGCUCCUAUAUAGAACCCAGCGGCGCACGUCAAAUCCCACAGAGAAGGCCCUCCGAGCUCGAGGCACCGGUUGAGCAGACUGUGCUGAGCGAGAAUCCCUGGAUCUCGGUCAUUGAAGAAAAAGAACAAGAAAGAGAAGACUAUGACCUGAUUCACGGACAACAGGAACACCAUGGUCAUACAUAUGACUAUAACUAUAGUCCCAGCCAUAUGCAGCAAUAUCAAAACAUCCCACAGCAGCAUUCUUAUCACAAUCAGCAGCAGCAGCACCAGCCACCACCGCAAAAAGCACCAGUCCACGGAUUUCGCCCCGGCCUGAGGACACCACCCCCUACGCAACAAUCGAACCCCAACCUCAUCGUACCCAGAGCACCACCAACACCAUCCAUCCACAGUGAUGUGUCUCUUGAUAGCGGCAGCUCCAACCGGAGCGACAUAAUCAUCCUACCCCUGUCGACCACCGUUGCGCUCUGGCCACCAAGUCGAAGCAACGACUACGCCGGGUUCUGCAAAGGGGCCUGGAAGCAAAACUCCGGUUUUGAGGGAUUCAAAGUCCACUCGGUACCUGUUGGAUACUACAGUCUUGUUCCGAAAUGGAAAUGCGUAAGCUGUUUCUUCGAAAUGCCCAUGGCAUCAACAGAUUCUCAGUCUCAAUCGCGACGCAAUGGUUCCAAUGACGCGCGCUUCGACCAAAAGGUCUAUACACACGCAGCCAGUAAAAUCCGAUACCGGUGGUCGUUUCUUGCAAAGUCCCAUAUUGCACGUAAGACCCGAAAUAAUGGCGAUGCGUCGAGGAUCGGGACAUUUGGGUGUAUGUUUUGUUGUUUUGAGAAUGAUCGGUCUGUUCUUGCAUUUGGGAAUUUGGAUGUUUUUAUGAAUCAUUUAGGGACGGUUCAUCGGGGGGUUUGCGGGAAGUCUGCUCGGUAG